AGAAAUAUGUGAAGAGUGGAGUGCAGGGCAUUCGGGUAUAGUUCCUCCAACUGAAUAUGAUUUGAUCUGAGUCUGAGCUCUUUUAUGGCAUCAAUGAGGACAUGGAGGACAGCUUUUCUAACGCUGAGGGACGAAACCCUAACAGCAGCUUCUCCUGUUCCACAGCUUCUCCAUGAUCUCAUUUUUUCUCAUUCCCACUCUUUAAUCUCUGCUGCUUCCCACCUGCCUCCGCAUGAGGUUACUUCCGAUUUACUAUUCCUCUUGGAUUUGGCUGCUCAUUCUGCCCAGCAUCCAAAUUUUGAUUCUCUUUUUACUCAAACUGCUCUCUUGAUGCAUGAACUAUGUCAAUCUCAAGGUCUUCCUAUUCAAUUCAUCUCAUCUUCUUGGAUUCUUUUCCUGAAUUCCCUUUCCACCAUCCUCCAAACCUUUCUCCGCAAUAAUGCAACUGCAUCCACCGUUAAACCUGCCGUCCAGUCCAUUCAAACCCUAAGGCAACUUGUCAACCUUCAUCACCCUAAGUUUUCUCUGUCAGAUAAUCUUCAGCUGCUGAAAUUUCUUCUUCCAAUAGUUGAGCUCUCAUAUGUACACUUGGUUUACUCAUCUACUGCAAGUGCGCCCCAAAAGCCUGCUGCACCUACUGCAAAGAGCUUGUCUAAAUAUACUAGCUUUUGGGAGCUUCAUACUGAUACAUUUGCUAUGUUAGGUGAAACUUUUAUGAGGGUUGGGUCUUCUGUUCCUGCAGACAUUUGGCAAUCUACAAUCGAGGCUCUUAGGAAAGUGAUGGAUGCUUUGGCCUUAAAAAGCUUGCUUGUUGAAGAUGUCAUUAUGUCCAGGUUUUAUGCAUCUCUUCUUAAUAGUCUACACUUGGUUCUUGUGAAUCCUAAAGCUUCCCUUCUUGACCAUGUCUCUGGUUUUGUGACCACACUCCGCAUGUUCUUUAUUUAUGGGCUUACCAUCAAACAACUAUAUAUAUUACCCGCUUGUCAUCUCAAGGAGAAGGACAUUAGUACAAUGCAUCUUAAGUUGACAGUAGAAGAACCUACAAGAAAAGAUCGUGCUCCAUAUAGGCCUCCACACUUACGCCAAAAAGACAGUUUAAUUAUGAAGCAGCCGAAAGCUCGGGAUUCUUUGAGCUUCUCAGAUCAUGAAUCUUCCACUGCUGAGAGUAUGUCAUCAGAUUCAGACUGCAGUGACAGUGAUGGAGCAGCAAAAGAGACCGAUAGUAUUCAGAGCUCUAAGGUUCGAGUUGCUGCAAUUGUUUGCAUACAGGACCUUUGUCAAGCUGAUCCCAAAUCAUUUACGACUCAGUGGACAAUGCUUUUGCCAACCAAUGAUGUUCUGCAACCAAGGAAGUCUGAGGCUACUCUGAUGACAUGUUUGCUAUUUGAUCCUCAUUUAAAGGUGCGAAUUGCCUCUGCUUCUACUCUGGCAGUUAUGCUGGAUGGGCCUUCAUCUGUUUUUCUGCAGGUAGCAGAGUAUAACGAAACAAGUAGAUGGGGAUCUUUUAUGGCCCUUUCAAGUUCCCUUGGGAGAAUACUAAUGCAACUUCAUAUUGGUAUACUAUACCUGAUCCAGCAUGAAACUUGCAGUAGAAUGCUGCCGUCCUUCUUCAAGAUUCUCAUGCUUUUGAUGUCAUCUACACCAUAUUCAAGAAUGCCUGGAGAGUUGUUGCCGACAGUAAUUACAUCUUUGUUGUCAAGGACUGAUAAGGGAUUCCCUUUUAGAAGUGAUCAAACUGCUUUGUUGGCUACUGCUAUUAAUUGCUUGACAGCAGCUCUUUCUACAUUACCUCCAUCACCACAUGUCAAACAAAUGCUAGUAGAAGAAACGUCAACAGGUGUUGAUGUGGCAGAGAAGAGGUCUGGUGUUCUUUCUACACUAUUGCAUUAUUCCAACCACCCAACCAACUCAGCAAUAUGUUUUGAAGGCCUCCAGGCACUUAGAGCUGUGAUACACAAUUAUCCGAACAUAGCAUUUGCAUGUUGGGAACAAGUUAUACUAGUCCUUUCCAAAAAAAUGAGGGUUGCCGUCUCAGAAGCUCCUGUACGGGCAGGGAAAGGGCAUGUGGGAGACAAUGUUGGUUUUACUGGUGAAAAAGUUCUGACAGCAGCUAUUAAGGUUCUAGAUGUAUGUCUUCGUGCAACAUCUGGAUUUAAAGGAACUGAAGAUCUAGAUGACAAAUUAUUGGAUAACCCAUUUACAGCUGAUUGCAUAAGGACAAAGAAAGUAUCAUCCGCUCCGUCAUAUGAACCAGAGAGUACAGAAGAUAUUAAGGAAGAACUUCAAGUCUUUGAGCCAGGGUGUCAGUGUUGGUCUGAGACAUUAGAGAAGCAUAUACCUCCGAUGCUGCAGCAUCCUUCUUUCUUGGUGAGAACCGCAUCAUUGACCUGUUUUGCGGGUAUUACAUCUUCCGUGUUCAUAUCCCUUGCAAAGGAGAGACAAGAGUUUGUUAUUUCUUGUUUGAUCAAUGCUGCCGUGCAUGACGGUGUUCCUUCAGUUCGGUCAGCCACUUGUCGAGCUAUUGGUGUGGUAUCUUGUUUUCCACAAGUUUCUCACAGUGCAGAGAUUCUUGUCAAGUUUAUCCAUGCUGUUGAGAUAAAUACUCGUGAUCCCUUGGUUUCGGUCCGAAUAACAGCCUCUUGGGCUUUGGCAAACAUCUGUGGUUCUCUGCAACAUUGUAUUGAUGAUUUUCCUGUGGAGAAAUAUGCUGAUUUAAAUGGGAACCUUCAAGUUAUGGAAUUCUUAGCUGAGUGUGCUUUGCAACUCACGAAAGAUGGUGACAAGGUUAAAUCAAAUGCUGUAAGAGCUCUGGGAAAUCUUUCAAGAUUUGUCAGAGUCGCUUCUGUUACACAAGGAGAUUCUCAUCUUCUGGAGAGAAUGGUUCAAGCGUUCCUUUCUUGUGUCACGACUGGGAAUGUCAAGGUUCAGUGGAAUGUAUGUCACGCACUGAGCAACCUAUUUUUAAAUGAGACAUUAAGACUGCAAGAUAUGGAUUGGUCUCCCUCUGUGUUCAGUAUUCUUCUACUGUUACUACGUGAUUCGUCAAAUUUUAAGAUCAGGAUACAAGCUGCCGCUGCUUUGGCUGUACCAGCUUCUGUACUGGAUUAUGGCGAAUCCUUCUCAGAUGUUGUUCAAGGUUUGGAGCAUGUAGUUGAAAAUCUAGGAUCAGACAAAAUAUCAACACCAUCAAGUUUCAAAUACAGGGUUGUGCUUGAGAAGCAGGUAACAUCAACCCUGUUGCAUGUCCUUAGCCUUGCUUCAAGCACUGAUCAUCAAUCCCUGAAAGAUUUUAUUGUGAAGAAAGCCCCAUUUCUGGAGGAGUGGUUAAAGAAUGUAUGCUUGUCAUUAGGGGAUACAAGUGGCAGAAACUCCGUCGAAAACCUAAAGAAACAAGUGAUAUCCAGGGCAAUACAUUCAUUGAUAAAAGUGUUUGAGAGCAAGAAUCAUCACGCAAUUGCACAUAAAUUUGAGAAGCUGGAUAAGUAAGUUGGUGCACUGAUCGAUAGAAAUCAUUGUCGGCGUUUUUGGACUAAAUAAACUGGCAGCGGGUGAUUAUGUUAAACUUCAUUCCACUUUUGGUUGCUGAUUGUAGAUUGAAACAUGUGAUGCUUAUUAUAAAAGGAAUGGAUGUUUUAGUUUAUAGUAAAGUAUGAGUUGGCUUGUCCAUUACUUAGUAAGAGUUGAGAGAUCCAUCCUACAAUUAAAGCUUCUUUAUCUUUUUGACUGACUUGAAGUUGUAUUAUUGUAUCAAGGAAUAAUGGUCUUUAAUUUCAUUCUUUCUAUUUAUAUUA